GCUGCUGAAGCCAUCAAGCUGCCAUGCGCUCCACCGUGUAACGGCGCGGACCUUGGCAACCUUUCUGAUAUCGAUGCUGUGGGGGAUCUGCGCUCUGUGCUGGACAGCUCUAUCACGACUCAUUUCACCGAGAAGGGUAUCAAUUGCUUUGUGUCCUCGCUUGACAAAUUUUUUUUCAACAGCAAACGUUUUAUGGAGGAUGCGGAGUUCUUCACUGGGCUCAACCUAAAUUGGACGCGAUACGUCAAGUAUCUUGCUCUUUACGCCCACAUUCAGCGCGUAAAGCAGCCAGAUAUGUACCAACAACGUAUGCGGGAAUAUGAGAGUGUGGUGCAGAACAAUUCCUUAGUCUCGCCGGACGCGUACUUACCAAAGCCGAAGGACGCGGAUAAAAUUUUUGCCAUGCCAUCUCAACGACAGCGGAGCAGGCCUUUUUUUCGAAGAGGCGCAUCUAACCUGCGUGCUGGCAGCGCCGAAACCAGCCAAUAUGGAAACAUGGAAUCAACACGGCUUGAUUCGUCGACGUUUGCACGAGGCACGGGUACUGGAUGCCGCCUUCAGCAGCAACAGAUGCCGACGUCAGAGCCAAUACCGACGAUGGGUAUUUCACUGCUGCUUUAUAGCCAUCGCACUCUUCAUGCAAAGUACUACCAGACACUGGCUCUUCUUGGUAUUGAAAACAUUGACAUUGGGUGGGAAGGAACACACGCUUCAGUGGAGGCGACAAUGCGGGCAUGGCAGUUGCUAUAUGACGAGGUCUAUGUCAAAGACGUUCAAGGUGCGUUUUACCUUUCUGAGGAACCAUCCUCUUUGCGGGAAACCAAUGAGGGAAGAGAACUCCAACAGAACGAGGUAGUACCUCCACGGAGGCGCAACUUGUCAAAGCGUUCCUCUCGCUCACAGCGGCGUGCUGUCAUUUGCACAGCUGACGGUGAACAGCUUAUUUUCUGA